AUGGAUUUUUUAAAAGCAGAAAUCGAAAAGAAACGCAAGUUACUUGAUACUGCAAAAACCGAGGAACAAGGAACAAAGAAGAGGAAAUAUAUUCGUCGUUCAGAUCUAGAGAAAAAAAGAGAACAGCAAUAUUUAUCUGAGCAAGCCGAACUAGAAAGAAAACGUGAGGAGAAACAUCGAGAAAAGAAUAAAACGCUUUUAUUACUAGCCGAGCAAGAAAAAGCUGAAAAGUCGGCUUCAGAUAGCGAAUUUCAAAAAGAAGAGGAUGAUGGUAACGACACUUUUAAUAUUUCACCAGAAGAAGUAGUUCGUCGUUUAAGGGCGAAAGGGCAACCAAUUCGCCUUUUUGGUGAAUCUGAUAAAGAUCGUAAAACACGUUUACGUGCUAUUGAACUUAUUGAAGAGCGAACAGAGGGACAACGUAAUGAUUUUAUGAGAACUUUGGAAGAAAUGGACACUAAUUUAGAUUUAGAAGCUUUAAAAAAACAACAAGACGUAGCAGAAAAUCGAACCUCAAAGAAAAAGAAACCAACGGAAGAUUCUGCUUUGGAUAAUACUCCAAUUAGCAUUGAACUCUUAGAAAAAGAUCCAGACAAACUCUAUAUUCUCAUUUAUACCUUUUUAAAGCGGCUAAUUCGUGAAUGGGAGCAAGAAAUGAAUAAUCGCCCAGAUCAUGUUAAAAGGAGUAUGCAAGGCAAACUUGCUGCUGCCACACAAAAACAAACAGAUGAAUACAUGCAACCCUUUUUCAGAACUCUCAAAAAGAAGUCGAUAGAACCAGACGUAUUGGCUCGGGUGACAGAAAUCACACAUUAUAUGCAAAUACGUGAAUAUAUGACUGCGAACGAUGCUUAUUUACGAUUAUCUAUUGGAAAUGCACCUUGGCCUAUUGGUGUUACUAUGGUUGGUAUCCAUGAACGUUCGGCUCGUGAAAAAAUUUUUUCUGCGCAGGUUGCUCACGUGCUUAACGAUGAGUCAACGCGUAAAUGGAUUCAAUCUAUUAAAAGAUUGAUGACAUUUUGCCAGUCAAAAUAUCCACCAGAAGAUAAUUCACAGCUUAUGGGGUGA